AUGGCGCCCAGUUUUGCUGGCCUGUCCGGCAGGCCCCUGUCGUUGACAGUGUCUACGAUCGCCACCAUGGGCUUCCUGCUGUUCGGUUACGAUCAGGGUGUGAUGUCCGGUAUCAUCGAUGCCGACGCCUUCACCAGUGUGUUCACGGCCGCCGAGGGCGACAGCACUAUGCAAGCCUUGAUCACUGCCGUCUACGAACUGGGAUGUUUGUUCGGUGCCAUCUUCGCGCUGUUCGCUGGUGAUCGCAUUGGCCGUCGUUGGAUGAUCAUUGCCGGUGCGUUUAUUAUGAUCAUCGGUGUUAUUAUCCAGGUUACCUCUUUCCCUGGUCACAUCCCUCUGCUCCAGUUCAUGUUCGGCCGUGUCAUCACGGGUAUCGGCAACGGUAUGAACACUUCUACCAUCCCGACAUACCAGGCUGAGUGCUCCCGCACCAGCAACCGUGGUCUGCUCAUCUGUAUCGAGGGUGGUAUUAUUGCCAUCGGUACGAUGAUCGCCUACUGGAUUGACUUUGGUGCUUCGUACGGGCCGGACGACCUCGUCUGGCGUUUCCCGAUUGCCUUCCAGAUUGUCUUCGGUAUCUUGAUCAUCGUUGGCAUGUGGCAUCUUCCCGACUCUCCCCGCUUCCUCAUCUCCAAGGGCAAGGUCCACGAGGGUGAGUAUGUGUUGGCUGCUCUGGCGGGCAAGGAGAUCGACGAUCAUGAAACCCAGAUCCAGAAGCAGCUGGUCAUUGAGUCUAUUGAGGCUGCCGGUGCUGCCGCUGGUGCAAGCUAUUCGGACCUCCUAACUGGCGGCAAGACCCAGCACUUCCGCCGUAUGAUUAUCGGAUCCUCUUCUCAGAUUGCCCAGCAACUAUCAGGCUGCAACGCGGUCAUCUACUACCUGCCCGUCCUGCUGCGCCAGUCCCUCGGUCAAAGCCACUUCAUGUCGAUGUUGAUUGGCGGUGUUAACAUGAUCGUCUACGCCAUCUUCGCGACCUUCUCCUGGUUCUUCAUCGAGCGGAUCGGUCGCCGCAAGCUUUUCAUCGGCGGCAUGACCGGCCAGAUGGUCUCGAUGAUCAUCGUCUUCGGCUGUCUGAUUCCCGGCGAAAACGGCCCGUCCAAGGGUGCCGUAUUUGGCCUGUUCCUGUACAUGGCCUUCUUUGGUGCCGCCAUGCUCCCGCUGCCCUGGCUGUACCCGGCCGAGCUGUCGCCCAUCCGCACUCGUGCGAAGGCCAAUGCCGUCUCCACUUGCUCCAACUGGCUGUUCAACUUCACCGUCGUCAUGAUCACCCCAGUCAUGGUCUCCCAUAUCGGCUGGCGCACCUACCUGUUCUUUGCCAUCAUGAAUGCCGUCUUCAUCCCGCCCAUGUACUUCUUCUACCCCGAGACCGCCGGUCGCUCCCUCGAGGAAAUUGAUAUCAUCUUCGCCAAGGGCUACUGCGAGAACAUGAGCUAUGUCCGGGCGGCCCGUGAGCUACCCAAGCUGAGUGACGAGGAGAUUGAGCAGAAGGCCGUGGAAUAUGGCUUCAGCCCCGGCGGCAACCCCGACCCCGAGAAAGGCGAGGUCCCUCCUAGCUCUGAUGAGCAGCUUGAGAAAUAA